AUGAUCUUGGUACCUGCGGAGCGCGACGAGUGGCGCGCGCUAGAGAGGCGGGAGGGAAAGGAGAGGGGAGGAAGAGACAGUACCGAGGUGCGCCGAGCGAACGGGGGUAUCCCUUCACGAAACAGAGGAGCAAUGCGUGGAGAGCUGGAGCUGGACUGGACUGGACUACUGGACAGGCACAGAUGCGAUACACGCAAUGAUGAAAGCGGAAAUAGUACGGUGACGGGACCUUUAGCAGGAGCCGUGGAAAGAGGAGGUGGACGGAGUCUGGACGCACUAAGGUGA